UCAGCCAAUUAGAGCUCCAGUUGUCACUCCUACCCACACUGGGCCUGGGGGUGAAGGGAAGUGUUUAUUAGGGGUACGUGUGAAGCCGUCCAGAAGUGUCAGAGUCUUUGUAGCUUUGAAAGUCACCUAGGUUAUUUGGGCACGCUCUCCUGAGUCCUCUGCUAGUCAAGCUCUCUGAAGAGAAGGUGGCAGACCCGGUUUGCUGAUCGCCCCAGGGAUCAGGAGGCUGAUCCCAAAGUUGUCAGAUGGAGAGUAAAUACAAGGAGAUACUCUUGCUAACGGGCCUGGAUAACAUCACCGAUGAGGAACUGGAUAGGUUUAAGUUCUUUCUUUCGGAUGAGUUUAAUAUCGCCACAGGCAAACUACAUACUGCAAACAGAAUACAAGUAGCUAACUUGAUGAUUCAAAAUGCUGGUGCGGUGUCUGCAGUGAUGAAGACCAUUCACAUUUUUCAGAAGUUGAAUUAUAUGCUUUUGGCAAACCGUCUUCAGGAAGAGAAGGAAAAAGUUGAUAAGAAAUACAAAUCGGUAACAAAACCAAAGCCACUAAGUCAAGCUGAAAUGAGUCCUGCUGCAUCUGCAGCCAUCAGAAAUGAUGUCGCAAAGCAACGUGCUGCACCAAAAGUCUCUCCUCAUGUUAAGCCUGAACAGAAACAGAUGGUGGUCCAGCAGGAAUCUAUCAGAGAAGGGUUUCAGAAAGGCUGUUUGCCAGUUAUGGUACUGAAAGCAAUGAAGCCCUUCACGUUUGAGACCCAAGAAGGCAAGCAAGAGAUGUUUCAUGCUACAGUGGCUACAGAAAAAGAAUUCUUCCUUGUAAAAGUUUUUAAUACACUGCUAAAAGAUAAAUUCAUUCCAAAGAGAAUAAUUAUAAUAUCAAGAUAUUAUCGGCACAGUGGUUUCUUAGAGGUAAAUAGCACCUCACGUGUGUUAGAUGCUGAAUCUGACCAAAAGGUUAAUGUCCCGCUGAACAUUAUCAGAAAAGCUGGUGAAACCCCGAAGAUCAGCACGCUUCAAACUCAGCCCCUCGGAACAAUUGUGAAUGGUUUGUUUGUAGUCCAGAAGGUAACAGAAAAGAAGAAAAACGUAUUAUUUGACCUAAGUGACAACACUGGGAAAAUGGAAGUACUGGUGAUUAGAAACGAGGACGCAAUGAAAUGUAAGGAAGGAGAUAAGGUUCGACUUACAUUCUUCACACUGUCAAAAAAUGGAGAAAAACUACAGCUGACAUCUGGAGUUCAUAGCACCAUAAAGGUUAUUAAGGCCAAAAAAAAAAACAGAGAGAAAUAAAAAGGACCAAUUCAAGCCAGCUGGUCUAAGCAGCAUUUAAUUGAAGAAUACGUGAUACAGCCUCUUCAAUCAGAUUGUAAGUUACCUGAGAGCUGCAGUUCACAGGCUCCUCUGUCCACCAAAUUAGGAUAGGAUAAUUGCUGGAUAAACAAAUUCAGAAUAUCAACAGAUGAUCACAAUAAACAUCUGUUUCUCAUUCA